UCCAUUGUCUUCCUCUGUCUUCAGUUCAUUCCUUUCUUUCCUUAUUGUUCAAAUACAAUUAAUUCCCUUUUUUCUUAGUUUUUUUUUAAAAAAAUGGGUGGAAAUUCUCCUUGUGCCUCAUGCAAAUUGUUGAGACGCAGGUGCACGAAAGAUUGCAUCUUUGCUCCUUAUUUUCCUUCUGAAGAACCUCAAAAGUUUGCCAUAGUUCACAAAGUUUUUGGUGCUAGCAAUGUUAGCAAAAUGUUGCAGGAACUUCCAGUUCAGCAGAGAACAGAUGCAGUGAGUAGUUUAGUGUAUGAAGCAAGUGCAAGAGUGAGAGAUCCUGUGUAUGGUUGUGUUGGAGCCAUAUCUUAUUUGCAAAAUCAAGUUGCUGAUCUUCAAAUGCAACUUGCAGUUGCUCAAGCAGAGAUACUCUGUCUUCAGAUGGAAAAUGAAUCACUGAUACCAAUCUCAGAAACUGAUCUACACCAGAAGUCUUAUCUUCUUCAGAAUAAUUUCUCUCAGUUACUUGACUUUAACACUUCCAACAGUGUAGUUCAAUAUUCCCCUAAUCAUCUUACACAAUGA